GUCAAAACGAAAGGCUACCUUGUUCAAAAACUAUGCUUCGAGAAAUUUUAUUCCUGCUUUCCAUUCUCCUUAUAAAUAAUAUUAUAUCGGCUGAGGAUAUACAAGCAGAAGUUGAUAAUAAUGCGGUAUGUCAACGAAAAAUUCGGGAACCGAAAAUCAUUUUGCAACCCUAUUAUUAUCCUUGUUGUACUCCUCUUCGUGUCCGAUGUAAAAGAUCUAGUGGUAAUGAACAACGAUUCGGUUACAAUUGCAUUAAAUAUCGACAAACAAAAUGCAAAACACAAAGAAAAUUGUGUGUAUACGUUGAAAGAGUUGAAAAGUAUUGUUGCAAUGGCCAUAAACUCGUCAACGGAAUUUGCAAAACUAUAGAAGAGAACGAAUGUCACAAAUGUCAGCAUUCGUGCGAUUUUAAAAAAUCAACUUGUACCUGCCUAUCAGGAUAUGAACUUCGAGAUAAGUUCGAAUGUUUAGACAUAGACGAGUGUAAGAAAUACCCGAAUAUCUGCGGCAAUGCUGAAUGUAAAAAUACGAAAGGUAGUUUUUACUGUAAAUGCAAAAAUGGAUAUGAACUUCAAAAUUCUACUCAUUGCGUUGAUAUUAAUGAAUGCAAAAUUGAUAAUAUCUGUCAAGAGGAGUGCUUUAACACCCCGGGAUCGCAUUUUUGUCAAUGUAAAGAGGGUUUGAGAAGUAAUGGAAGUAUAUGCUUGGAUAUAAACGAAUGUAAAUUGACCAACAGAGGUGGAUGUUCACAUUCCUGCAAAAACGAUUAUGGUUCCUACUCUUGCUCUUGUCCGCUGAAUAUGAAAUUAGGUGCCGAUAAUCAUACUUGCUAUUCUUUGACACAGUCAACGGAAAAAACAAUCGAAUCUUCAUCAUUUCAACCAUUGCUUGGUGCAAAACUUGACAAGAGUAAAAAGAAUACAGAUGGCGUUCUUGCUGGUAUAAUAGUAUCUUGUAUAGUUGGAACUAUCUUGCUGAUUCUCUUGAUAAUCUUUUUCUAUAAGAAAGGAUGGUGUAACUGUUGUAUGGCAGGUAUAGGUGUUACUGCCGAUAGUCCUAAGAAACUUCAAGGACCACGCAUUGAUAACGUUUACGUUGAAGGAAUAAGUACAAUAGAUAAAAAAGGAAAAGAAGAGGAAAAUGAUGCAAAUGUAGAGAGUUUAUACGUAAAUAAUGCAUUUAAAAUAACCGAUUUACCACCAAAUUACAAAGAUGUAUUGAACGAAAUAAACAAAGAAUUAAAGAAUAACGAUAUGACAGAACUAAACCUUAACAAAGAAAUGGAGGGUAAAGGAGAAAUUAGCAAAGAGGAACCUAUAUAUGGAAAUGUAACGAAUGAAAGCGAAGCUGAAGCUGUAUACGUAAACGUUGGCAGUAUGAGCUAAAUAAGGUGACAUUUCUUCUCACAUUUGACAACGUUUUUAUCGGAAUUAGAUGUUACAGGAACAAUAAAAAAAACUGCAGAAUGAUUGAGAAUAAGUUAGAAUGAUUGUAAAACUGUAUUUUAAAUGAAUGAGAAAAAUAUUUUAUCUGAUAGAUAGAAUAACAUGUGAUAGAGAAUGAGAGAUUUUCUUAUGAAAUUUGCUUGAUUAUUACUAUUUCUGACCUUUGACUGAAGUUUUACUCUGGCGAAUUAUUACAUAACACACUUGAUUUUUUACCGAAAUUUAAACCUCCUAUUCAGUGUGAUUCACUAAAUAAAGAUCCUAAAUUUGAUCAUGAAAAGAAUCAGCCUACAACUGAAUACUUAUUAUACAUUUCAUAUCAUAUUGAAUAAAAGAAAUGCAACAAAUAAAUGUGUUUAUUUUUAUGAAAAUGAAAAUAAAU